CCCCUCUCGCGCUGCUACCCUCCAAAACCUCUCCCCCUCCCCUCCCCGACCCUCCCCUGCUGCAGCUGCUCCAAUGCCGGCGCUCGGGACGCUCUCCGGCGGCGCAGCCGGCGUGGCCGGCCUCCUCCGCCUCCGCCGCGCCCCGGUUGCCCCCUCGACCUCGACUUCGCAUGCGCCCGCGCCCUUCCCCGCCGCCAGGUGCGCCGCCGCCAGUGCGGCCGUCGUCCCCGACGGAGGACAGCUCGUGUGGGGCAGGCAGCUCCGCCCGGCGCUGCUCCUCCCCGCCGGUGGGCUGCUCCCGGCGGCGGCGGCGCCCAGGAGGCAGCCGCUCCGCCCGCCCGCCGCCGCCGCCUCCGGUUCCGCUGGGGAAACGAAGCCAGCGGGGUUCCUGGAGAAGUACCCUGCCGUCGUCACCGGUUUCUUCUUCUUCAUGUGGUACUUCUUGAACGUUAUAUUCAACAUCCUCAACAAGAAGAUCUACAACUACUUCCCCUAUCCAUACUUCGUUUCGGUGAUCCAUCUGCUUGUUGGUGUGGUGUACUGCCUCCUGAGCUGGACCGUCGGUCUGCCAAAGCGUGCGCCUAUCAAUUCGACACUCUUGAAGCUGCUCUUUCCAGUGGCGCUGUGCCAUGCUCUUGGUCAUGUCACUAGCAAUGUGUCGUUUGCUGCUGUUGCAGUCUCAUUUGCCCACACCAUCAAAGCUCUGGAGCCCUUCUUCAAUGCAGCUGCUACCCAGUUUGUCCUUGGACAGCAAGUUCCCUUGCCUCUUUGGUUGUCCCUUGCCCCUGUUGUGCUCGGUGUUUCAAUGGCAUCGCUGACUGAACUUUCAUUUAACUGGACCGGCUUCAUCAAUGCUAUGAUCUCUAACAUCUCCUUCACUUACCGGAGCAUUUAUUCCAAGAAAGCUAUGACUGAUAUGGACAGCACCAAUGUGUAUGCUUAUAUCUCAAUAAUUGCCCUCAUUGUGUGCAUUCCACCUGCAGUGAUUAUUGAGGGACCUCAACUAUUACAGCAUGGUUUUAACGAUGCAAUUACAAAAGUAGGCCUGACAAAGUUCGUUUCUGACCUCUUCUUUGUGGGUCUGUUCUACCACCUCUACAACCAGGUUGCUACAAACACUCUGGAGCGAGUGGCCCCUCUGACACAUGCCGUCGGCAAUGUGUUGAAAAGGGUUUUCGUCAUUGGAUUCUCAAUCAUUGUUUUUGGCAACAGAAUUACAACACAGACUGGAAUUGGUACUUGCAUUGCCAUAGCUGGUGUUGCCAUCUACUCGUACAUCAAGGCUAAGAUCGAAGAGGAGAAAAGGGCUAAGAGCGCAUGAUGAGGUGAUUGCUGUGAAUAUGGUCCAGUGGCUGCGGUGUGUUAGUUUGCUUGCCUAAGAGACAGCAUGGGGCGAGGAUCAUGGCGUCUUCUUCUGCUGUAUUUUAUUUUGUUUUCGGGGUUAUUUGGUCCAUUGUUCGUAAAUCUGGUGUUGAACGGCACAUUCCGGUGGUAAGAUUGGUUGCUGUCAAUUGAUCGUCAAGAGAGCUCAAUUGUGUAGAAAUAAACGCUCAUACUUGCAAAAAGCUUUUCGUUUUGUAUGUAAUAACCGAGAAUGUUAUAUGUAUCAGUGACCUUUCUUUGUUGGUUCUGCCGCUGGUGUGUUUUUGGAGAUGGAAA